AUGGCGGCGCUGCUGCUGGUGCUGCUGGCGGCGCUGGGCGGGCGGGCCGUGCUGCCGGGCGGGCGCUGCGCGGCGCCGCUGGCCGACCUGCGCUCGCAGAUCUCGGGCGUGGAGACGCUGCUGGAGGAGUUCCGCCGGCAGCUGCAGCAGGAGGAGCCGGGACCGCCGGCGACGGCGGGCGGAGGAGGGGGCGGCGGGGAGCGGUGCGGCGGAAGCGGCGGCUUCUCGGCCAGGCCCGACUCCAUCAUCCGCACCAAGGACUCCAUCGCGGCCGGCGCCACCUUCCUGCGGGCGCCCGGCGCCGCGUCGGGCUGGCGGCAGUGCCUGGACGCCUGCUGCGCCGAGCCGCGCUGCACGCUGGCCGUGGUGCAGGGGCCCGCCCGCCCGCGGGGCACGGCGGCCGAGCCGGGCUGCUACCUCUUCGACUGCACGCACCGCGGCCGGCCCGUCUGCCGCUUCGCCCCGCACCGCGGCUACAGCUCCUACAGUCGCCGCACCGCCGGCAUCGCCCCGCCGCCCCCGGAAGAAGAAUAUGAUGAGCCUCCACAGUGUAGGGCAGGCCAAGACAUUGUGCUGCAGUCACCUGUGGACUGGGUGCUUUUGGAUGGCCGGGAAAGUUCCGAUGACCACGGAAUUGUGCACUAUGAGUGGACACUGCUGCAGGGCGACUCAUCAGUUGAAAUGCAGGUACCACAGCCAGGAACACUGAAAUUGUCCCACAUUCAGGAAGGCGGGUAUAUUUUCCAGCUAACAGUGACAGACACUGCAGGUCAGAGAAGCUCUGACAACGUCUCUGUGACCAUUCUGCCCAUGGUUCAUUCUGCAGCAGCCUGCGUUGGGGUUUGCUCUCGCUACCAGUUUAUCUGUGAUGAUGGCUGCUGCAUUGACAUCACAUUUGCGUGUGAUGGUGUGAGACAGUGUCCUGAUGGAUCCGAUGAGACUUUCUGCCAGAAUCUCAGCUCGGGUCGGAAGACGGUGACACAUGCAGCUCUUGGCACCACCCAGCAAAGGACUGCAGGACUGACUGAAAACGUGGAGGAAAACUCUGCUGUGAACACCCUGAAAGCCACUGCCAGAAAUCAACCACUUCUCUCAGUGGAUGCAGACAUGUCUAACCAAUCGCUUUCUCAGGGACCAAAGAAACAAAUCAGUGGAUUUGUGCCAGAUAACAGUUCCUCAGGGAAAAGAACAGAUGAUAAAAAUGGGGAUGGCAUAAUGAUGCCAAAGAGAGAUCAGCUUGGAGGUGGUCGCCCAGCCCCAGAAACAGGUGCUGUGUUACCCUUAGCCUUAGGCUUGGCAAUCACUGCUUUGCUGCUGCUUAUGGUUGCUUGCAGACUGCGCUUAGUGAAACAGAAGCUCAAAAAGGCUCGACCCAUUACAUCUGAAGAGUCUGAUUACCUCAUCAAUGGGAUGUAUCUCUAAAAAUUGGAUUUGGGUCAGUUGUUUCCUCCCCUUUCUCCUGUGUCCAUGAAUCUCUGCCUGUGUAAAAGGACCAAAAUCUUUUGUUUAUUUUCAAGUGUAGAAGAAGCCUAUGAGAUGAAGAACAUACUCUUCCCCUUUGGCGAUGAUAGAAAAAGUGGGUAGAUGACCUUGCUCAGAGAAUAAGAAACAUUCAGGCUCCAGAGCAUAGCUCUAGUUGAUUGUUGUGCAGAGGACGCUGCAAGGUGGGGAGACCCCAAGCUGGAUGUGGGGUGCCCUUGCCCCUCCCCACAGCCAGGGCUGAGUGCACACCAGGGCCUGGUCACUGGAGCAGCCAAGGCUCCACAGCCCAGCUGUGUUGGCCAAGGUCGGGGGAAGCCUGUGCCAUCUUGCUCUUCUCCGUGCUGCCACCACUGUGGGGCCCUGGAUGCUCCAGCCAACAUGUUCCUUCACCAUCCAGCAGAGACCAGUUGUGUACUUUCCACCUGACACACUGGGAGCAUUUUCAUUAAAGAAUGUGUCUUGCUUUGUUAAUUAAAAGCAAUUGCUAUCCAGGCACCAGCUUUUGCAAAUCAAACUGGGAUUUAAGGAAGACAGCAUGUUAUUUUCACUCAGUUUAAACCUCUGCACUGCUAGCAGACAGCCAUGCUUGCUAAAUGCUGAAAUGAAAAAAUGCAGCUCCUCAGCUGGCUUGGGCUUCCCAGUGCUCGACAGCAGUCAUGUACUGCUACCUAAAGAAGCUGUGGAUGCCCCAUUGUUGGCAAUGUUCAAGGCCAAGCUGGAUGGAGCCCUGAGCAACCUGGUCUAGUGGAAGGUGUCCCUGGCUGUGGCAGGGGGGUUGGAGCUAAAUGAUCUUUAAGGUCCUCUCCAACCCAAACCCCUCUAUGAUUCUGUGUACAAUCCCAGGAACUGUGUCUCUCCCUGGAGCUCAGGGCUGGUUCAGCCUUUCCCACAUCCAGCCCACCACCCUCACACAGUGUGAGAACAGCACAGAGCAGUUUCUGCCUGAGAUGAUGGAGUGUAGGAUUCCUGCUGGUUAUCCCUUAGCUCCCUGCAAAGCUUGAAAGCUUCAGUGAUCUGCCCUUGCCCCAGAAAAAUUCUCAUAGAAUUAGAGCAAGUAAUUGAUAUGUGUGAGUGAACUGCAGAUGUGUUACCAGUAAAAUGUGUACAGUACAUGUUAUAUAUACAUAUAUAUAUGCACACACUGUGCUGUCUGUCUUGUUUGGCUGUCCCAAGGAUGUCACAUUCCUCAUGGGUCUCAAUAAAACCAGAGUCAAAUGAGGCAUGCAUUGUUUUGUAUGUUGUCUUUUGUACUUCAGUAACUUUAAGUCAGCAAGAAUAUUUCCAUGGUAUACAAAUAGUUCUUCAGGUAAUUUGUUCUUAAUUACUUUAUGUAAAAUAGUUCUAAUAAACCAAUUCUAUUCUUAUA